AUGCGCCCACCGCGAACGGGAUCCCUCCUCGGCCCGUUGGGCGCCGCCAACCGAUCCGUCGAGGGUCACCGGGGGAGCAGCCGACUCGGGUACAGCGACGCCGGAGAAGGCGGGGUACAUUUUACCGAGAGCGUAUCUAGACUGUCCGAUGGAAGCGUUGCCAGCUCUCAGUCCUUCGCGUUUCCAGUGUUGACAAAGGAUGGUGGAAAAAGUGGGAGUGUUAGGAUACAGCCUGAACAUCAGAGAAUGCAGUCUCAGACCGCAGAACAGCAAACACCAAAGGUUGCAGGGAACAUAGGGCACACUGCUGCAGCGGAUCCAGUAGCACCUGCAUCUCCGCCUGCAGCAGAGAGUUUUGGGGAGACAACUGAUCAAGUUGCGGCACGCAGAAAACAAUGAAUUGAGCAGCACAAUCAUUGUGCAUGCCUCCAACUUGAAAUCUAUCUUCCUCGAAGCAGACUCUCAGAGCUCAGUCAUUUGAUCACACAAAGAAGUGAAUCAUCUACAAGGCUUUCCAAUGUGAAUUGCGAAACCAUCUUUUACAGCUUGCCCAUUUUUGCUGAAAUCUUGAAGUUGUUUUCAAAUGAGAGUAUCAUAGCACUGGGUAUAUUGUACAUAAAAUCCCCAUAUUAUUGGACAACCUCAUGUAGAUAGGAGAUACCAUUAGCUAAUACAACAAUGACCCUGUAAAGAGUACAAAGGCCUGAUAAUGUCUUGACAAAGAAAGAAUAAUUAGCAGCAUGAAACCGAUAGUUGCAACAGGAAGAACCCUUCGUUAUCAAGAGCAAUUGCUAUUGUAUGCAAAGUCGUCAUUUGCAGUUAAAAUACGCAACAGCACGUCGAAAGGACAUCAGAUUGAUAUGUACUUUUCUUUUAUAUCAUAGCAACAGCAGAAGCAUGAAAUAACUUUAAGACGAAACCCAAAAACCCAAAGUUGCAACAAGAACCCUUCAUUAUAACAAGCAAUUGCUAUCAUAUGCAAAGCUGUCAA